AUGUCAAUUCCACAAGAACUGCUUGACCUCAUCGUGCACUAUAUCCCGAACGACGCUGACCUCGACAACACGUUGAGAGUAUGCACGUACACAUUUCGCGGUCUUGCGGGACCAGCUCGUCUGCGUUUGCUUCGUUCUCUACAAUUGACGCCUAUCGUUACCAAUGGAGGGAUUCAUAUGGCAAACAAAUGUCAGAGGCUGCUUAAACUGCUCGACUCGCCCAGGAAUAUGGGUGCCUUAAUUCACGCUCUUCACAUUGUUGAAAGCCCCUCAGACGAAUUGCCAUGGAUUGUCAAAGCGUCCCGCACACUCUCCCUCAUACUGCCGUCUCUCGUCAAUCUCCGGCACUUUUAUCUGCGCUCCAAACUCCAGACUCUCCAAUGGGAGUUGUUUUCACGCUCGUUCAAGGCUGCAAUUGAAAAGAUUGCUUCUCAGCUUGACACCCUGUCUUUACGUGGCGUGUUUAUAAAACUCACCGAUACUGCCCAUCGACAACAAAUACUGGCGAUUAUCGCCAAGUCUCCCAAACUGACACGAGUGGUCCUCUGUUUUCGAGAGCCGUGGUAUUACGAGGAGGCAGAGUUUCCUCUCUUACCUGAGCGUCAGGCAGGUGGCGGUCUAGAGUCGCUUGUUGUCGGUGGCCGCAGUAUGCCAACCCAAGUGGUUUUCGGCCCACUCGACUUGACCUUUUUGCGGGUCCUCGCGGUACAGUCCCAUUCGGAGUCUUUGACACCGUUGGUCCAAGUCUGUGCUCGUGCAAAAAUGCUCGAAGAGCUGUAUAUGUGGCCAGGAACACAGUAUGGAUUGCAGCUGGGGUCAAUCGGUCUUUCUGCGUUCCCUCGUCUUCGUGUUCUCCACAUCUGUGACAGGUGGGAACCCCCAAGUCUGCGCCAGGUCGUGGAAGAAUGCUGCACAAUACCGACUCUUCAGCACGUGUCGUUCGAAUUCAGGAUGUACGUCUCCUCCAUCCCCCGCCCAUCAAUGAGCGCGGACCAGAUUGACGCAUGGAACGCGCUUGGCGCAGCGGUUACCGCUCGUCCGUCUACCCUCGAAGAUGUCCGUGUCACGAUUCCAGUCUUGUAUGCCCAGGAUAAGCUGUGGGCGGACGACUUCUUGGCUCAGCAUGCUAUGGGUGAUUUCAUUGCUAUACGGGUGCGUGCAUACGAGAAUCCACGAGACGACCCGAACUGGUGGGGAUGA